UAUUUUGAUAAUUUGACUGACGCGACACUCGCUCCUUGCGGCGUAUUUAUGUUGUUGUCAUGGUAACCUUGUUGUUAGUCUAGUGGCAACACUCGAGCGGACAAGUAGCGGCGCGAGACGCUUCAUAUUUUGUCGCGUUAUUAUUACUUCUCGAAAUUCUAUUAUUCCUUAUCAGCCUGCACGAUUGAUUGGUUCUCACGAUUUAUAAGCAUAUCGAGAGGAUGUCAUUUAUCGAAGCAGGUAUCUCGGCAAUUUAUUCAGUCAGAAAUAGUCUACGAAAGUGCCAGAGCUAGGAGCAACAGGUCGCCGCGGCGGGUGACGCGUGAAAUUGGUCGCGCAAUUUUCGAAUUCCCUGCGCCGUUCGUUCAAUUAGUCGUGCAGGUGCCGCGCAUAGCUUCGUGCAAUCUUUUUCCGUUAUUCUUUUUUCACAUUAUUCUUCCGCCUCGAUGUAAUAAAGUGCGCGUCGCGCGUGAUUAACGUUUGAAGCGUCGUAUAAACUAGUACAAAGUGUCACGCGAUUGUCGUAUUACUGUACGCGUGAUCGUAAUAUGUGGUGUUUCUGCAAGUGAGUGUUGACAAAGUGAAGGGACAAUAAAGAGGAAGAAGGAGAAAGCUCAGAGGAAGGAAAAGCAUCAGACAUGACGGCGGAGCGUGCGGACCAACCUUGUGUAUUACAACCUCUUCAUUGCGCAUCGUAUCGACACAUGGAAAACACCGGGUCGAAAAAUGGCGGAUUUAAGCAGCACGGAUUCAGCACGGGUCAGCGGCGACGGCGUCGGUGGCGGCGGCGGAAUGCCGGAUUGGCGGUAAACUCUUAUUUCGUAUACAAAUUAAUAAUCGUUGAAAUAUAAAUAAAAAGAAAAUAUUCGUGGAAGCAAGAUAAAUGUAUCGCGUGUGAAAUUGUUCUGCUGAUCCCAUUUUACGCCGAGCGGAUGAAUGCGUAUUGAGAAUUCUUUUCUAAUUUGAAUAAAUCGCGAGACGUAAUCAUGAAGGCGAGACAAGCGGAGUUAUGGCUGGCGAUGCUAUACACCGGAUCCAUGGUGUUCUGCAUCACGUCCAUCAUAUCGUUGGUGACCGCCUGGCAGCAUUGGACAUGGACAUUGGACAGCUGCAUCGAUAUCGAUUGCGGCUGCAUAUUGUACGGCAUCAACACGUUCCGCACCUUCAUCGGCGGCGACGUCAAGCUCUGCCAAUUCGGCUCGUACGGUCUCACACCCAUAAUCGUGAUCGCCAUGUGUCUCGGCGGUUUUCACGGAUACAGAUGUUGCAUACAUAAGAAUUUGGAUAAUCCUAAGCAAAUUACCCGCAAACAAACGUACGACGACGACAGAAACAAUCUUAACGGACAAGUCGUCGUGAUCCACGUGAAAAAAAGAGCCGUUUUUAAACAAUGGAUGCCGAUCGCUUUCUUUGCAGUAUUUAUCUGCUGCCUGUCUCUCGUCCAUGCAGUCGUGAUAACCGAUGGCUAUUAUAAAAGUUGCGAACAAUACAAAAGAUAUCUCAUUCAACUUUUGGGUUCAAGAGGCCGCGAAAUUCAGGCGAUUCACAAUAGGCUAUCGUGCGGCGCGAUUUUCGAUUUUAUGGAUUAUCUUCAUCCGGAUGCCAACAACUGGAGACGCGGCAGCGAGAUCAACACAGGAAUAGCGCUCCAACUUGCGAUAUCCACAAGUUGGUUCAAUUUCUUCGCUUGGCUCGUCGCAUGCUUGAUAAACUUCAUCAUGGCGAGAAAGAGGCUGCGCGACUUAGAAGAAAAAUUCUGCUGUUGUUGCUGAGUGACAUUUCCCGGUAAAGUUAAUUGCCAGUUCACGAAACGUUGCGUAACGCUUUAAUAUUUUUUGUAAAAUUUAAUAGAAAUGGAAAUCUCUUUUCCUCCUAUAAAGAAAUACAUGGAUAGGACAUCGCGUGUAUAAUCGAUAGUAUUGACAUUUUAUUUAUGCAAUUUUAUACAGAGACAGAGUGCUUUCAGUAGCUCUUUUCUUUUUAUAUAUCAAAAAAUUAAAUACUCACUCCCGCUGCCGUGGAAAAUAAUAGCAUCCCUCUCUCAUAUUCGAAUAUAAUUGCCUUCUCUUUAUACAUUUUUAUACAAUUUGCGUUACUAUAUUACACAUUGUGUGUACACACAUUGGAACAAUAUUUUUGAUCGUCCUAAGAAUAAAAGUUCGCAUUGUUAACUUAAUAUGUAAACGAACGCGUUUUUUAUAUAUUAACUCUUUUUUUGUUUGAUACACGAUUUAUAAUCCUGCUAUUAUUAUAUUAUUACAAUUAACGAAAUAUGAAGACGGAAAUACUGUGUUACCGUAGGCAGUGACAAAAUUGAAAUCUAAACUAGUAAAGUAUCCGUAAAACUUUUCGAGACAUUUAUUUCUCUUGCUAUGUGUACAUGAAGAAAUCUAUAUAAACCAACGAUAAUAAAUAACAGUAUAUGAAAAUUCAAAGAAGGAAUGUAUCACGUGUGUAUCUACAUUAUAUACGUAGCCGUAAUAGAGACUUUAUACAAUCGAAUUACAUCGCCUUAGGACGUUAAAAUGCUUGGUGUUUCUUAGCACCUAGUUCGUACCAUUUUAUACACGGUGUACACAGAAUGACAGAGUAUUUUAAGACUUGGAAUAACAAAACAUUUCCCUCGUUGUUCAGUAAAUACAUUCAAAUCAUUCUUAUCAAAUUCACCGAAUCGGUUCAUCAAAUUUUAAUAUUUAAUUCUGUUCGCAUAAAUCAUUCUUAGUUUUGUAUGUCUGUGUAUAUGAACAUGUGUGCUAGCGGCAUGAAGAAAUCGCUUUUAAUUCCCUAUAGAUUACACAUAUCUCUCACCUGGUUAUGUAUAGGAACUAAACUGAAGACAAUUUUUUCAGAUAUACACUAUCUCUUAUAUGUAUAAAUACAAUUGACUCUGUUUAUUUUAUAUAAUACUAAUCAGCUUUUAUACUACACGACAGCAAAGACUGCAAAAGCUUGAACGCUACUUAAUGAAGGAAGGCACCUAAUCAUACGAGCUAAUAUAUCUACAAAUUAUGUUACAAUUUUUUAUAUAUGUAUAUAUAUGCAUGCGUGCAUGCAUAAAAACACGCGUAGAUUAUAAACAUUUCUUUUUUUUUUAUAAUAUUGUCAUAUCUUUUUACACUAAACUAGAUUGCAGAUCCUCGAUUAUAAAA